CAUUUUGCCAUUUCAUUUUUCUAAUUUGUUCACGUUUAUUUAUUUUUAAAUUUAUUUAUUUUCUCGUCGGGUGAGCCGUCGCGUCAUAUUGGUAAAAUCUUUGUACUCGGUCAGCUGACCAAAGAAUGUGCGAGUUACAAAACAUUGCAGUCGCUCUGCUCGGUGCUCGCGGUACGGAGGGAACCACGAUUGUAUGUCGAGGGUCGUCUUACCGUAUGUCGUCACCGGGAUAGUUCGAUGAAUGGAUCCGACCGCCGCUACUGAGCCGCCGGUGCAAAGCGACUACGAGCCGGAGUCUAGUUCAUUCCGGAGCUGGUGGCCUUCUUGGCGUCCGACAUCCAUGUCCCGUCUGAAGGCGACCGACACCAAGAUCCUGAGCUGUAUUCAAAAUGAUCUUUGGGCUCGCUUUGUCACCCUUCCAACCCAAGAUCGAAUAUGGACUCUGACCGUCACCAACAAAGUAGCAAAAAAACCUGCCGAGCAAGUUUCUAAAACUCCCCUGGUGAUGGUCCAUGGCUUUGGCGGAGGGGUAGGCCUAUGGAUUAGGAACCUGGAUUCAUUGAGUCGGGCACGGCCCGUUCACGUCUUCGACCUCCUCGGGUUCGCCAGAAGUUCCAGACCGACUUUCCCGUCCGACGCGGACAAAGCCGAGGAGCAGUUUGUCACAUCCAUAGAGCACUGGAGGCAGGCUGUCGGCGUGGAGAAGAUGGUCCUGCUGGGUCACAGCCUGGGCGGGUACCUGGCUACGUCCUACGCCAUCCAGUACCCCUCAAGAGUGUCCCAUUUAAUCCUGGUGGACCCCUGGGGUUUCCCCGAGAGUCCAAACGUCCAGAACCAGGAGGGCCGAGGUCAGGCCGCCGAGUUGGUGAGGAGGUCGUCUCCGCCACGCUGGGUGAAAGCCAUCAUCUCCGUCAUUUCCCUCUUCAACCCGCUGGCUGUCAUCCGGGCGGCCGGCCCCUGGGGUCCGGGCUUGGUGACCAAAUUUCGCCCCGAUUUCAAGAGGAAAUUUGAAGAUCUGUUUGACGACGACACCAUGACCCAAUACAUCUACCACUGUAACGCACAGACCCCGAGUGGUGAGGUGGGUUUCCGGGCCAUGGCCGAGUCUCUGGGCUGGGCUAAGAAGCCCAUGAUCCACCGAGUCCACCUGCUGCCCAGCACCAUGCCACUCACCAUGCUGUAUGGGGCCCAGUCCUGGGUUGACAGCGCCUCAGGGGAGAAGGUGGUAGAAAUUAGGGGCCCGACCCACACUAAAGUGCUGCUUGUAAACGACGCUUCUCAUCACGUGUACGCCGACCAACCAAAGAAGUUCAACAAAGUGGUAGACAACAUUUGUAACUCCGUGAACUGAGUGUGUGUGUGUGUGUGUGUGUGUGUGUGUGUGUGUGUGUGUGUGUGUGUGUGUGUGUGUGUGUGUGAACUCUACUGUUUUUAUAAAGCAUCUGUACAUUGAAAGACAUUUCAUCCUGAUCCGUCAUAAUUGAUCCACGCUAAGGAUUGGCCAUUGUUGUUAAAAAGAAGCCAGUUUGUUGUCUUUAAUUGGCCAGUGUAGGAAAAACAAAAAAAAAAAUGUUAUUUUUUUACAAUAACUAAAGCUAAGAUUAUUCCUCUAUGACGUAAUGUUCAUUAAAAGCAAUAAAAAUAUUUGAAACAG